AUGUCGCAGAAUAGACCCGGUGGUCCAUUUUCCGGUCUACGAAUGGGUGAGGUCGUUCGUGAAAAGGUCCAAGAUGGCCUCACCGGAGAGCAGCGGGAGAUUCAAUACACGCAAUGCAAGAUAGUUGGAAAUGGCUCCUUUGGUGUGGUCUUUCAGACGAAACUUUCACCAAGUGGAGAGGACGCCGCGAUCAAGAGAGUGUUACAGGACAAAAGAUUCAAGAAUCGGGAGUUGCAGAUCAUGCGCAUUGUCCGUCAUCCAAAUAUCGUCGAACUGAAGGCCUUCUACUAUUCGAAUGGGGAAAGGAAAGACGAAGUCUAUCUAAACCUCGUCCUCGAGUUCGUUCCCGAAACAGUCUAUCGAGCAUCACGAUAUUUCAACAAGAUGAAGACAACAAUGCCCAUCCUCGAAGUCAAAUUGUAUAUUUAUCAACUCUUCAGAUCUCUGGCAUACAUACAUUCGCAAGGGAUUUGUCACAGAGACAUUAAACCACAGAAUUUGUUGCUCGAUCCUACGACUGGUGUGCUCAAGCUGUGUGACUUUGGAAGUGCUAAGAUCCUGGUGGAAUCCGAGCCCAAUGUGUCCUACAUUUGCUCGAGGUACUAUCGUGCUCCCGAACUGAUUUUUGGGGCCACGAAUUAUACCACAAAGAUCGACGUCUGGUCUACGGGUUGUGUUAUGGCUGAACUCAUGCUCGGCCAACCACUCUUCCCAGGAGAAUCUGGUAUCGAUCAGUUGGUCGAGAUUAUCAAAGUUUUGGGAACACCUACUCGAGAUCAGAUACGCACCAUGAACCCCAACUACAUGGAGCACAAGUUCCCUCAGAUCAAGCCACAUCCUUUCAACAAAGUAUUCCGAAAAGCGUCUCCGGAGGCUAUUGACCUCAUCUCGGCACUGCUGGAGUACACACCCACCCAAAGAUUGUCAGCGAUUGAAGCGAUGUGCCAACCAUUUUUCGACGAAUUGAGGGAUCCGAACACUCGACUUCCUGACUCUCGCCAUGCCGGAGGCCAAUCACGUGAACUUCCGGCUUUAUUCAACUUCAAUCACCAUGAAUUGUCUAUUGCUACGCAACUAAACGAGAAACUGGUGCCACCACAUGUUCGACCUACCCUCAAGGCUCAAGGAUUGGACAUUGACAACCUCACCCCACUAACGAAGGACGAGAUGAUUGCCCGGCUGGAUUGA